AUGUCUAUAAAAAAAUUGGAAAAGGAAGUUCAAUCAGGCUUGAUCGCUGCCACAAAAAUAAAAAAUUACGAAAGAGCUAUUGAAGAACUGGUAUACAAUUCACUAGACUCAGGCUCCUCUUCUAUUGCCAUUCGAAUUAAUAUUCAUGACAGUUUUAUACAAGUAAUUGACAAUGGAUCUGGAAUCAGUAAAAGUGAUAUUAAUCUACUUGGUCAAAGAUACGCAACUAGUAAAGCUGUUGAUGCGAGUCUACAUAAAAGUGUACCAAAUAAAUAUUAUGGUUUUCGUGGUGAAUCUCUUGCCAACAUUAUUCAAAUAUCAAAGAAUGUUAAAAUAAUAACCAGGUAUGAAAAAAGUAAAGGAACAUGGAUAAAAUGUUUCUACAAAGGCCAGCAUAAAAAUAGUUAUUUAAUUGGAAUGAGACCCUCCAAAGGAACAACUGUAGAAAUCAAAGGAUUUCUUUACAAUUCACAUAUUCAGACAAAGGAAAUCAAUAAUUUUGCUGAAUUACAAAGCAUUAAGAAUGAUUUAGAGGGAAUUAAUAAAGCCAUGGAAGUUCCUUAUUACUUUAUUUUUAUCUCAUGUCCACAACAUGACUAUGAUAUCUCUUUCAACCCAGAAAUGACAAUUGUACAAUUUAAGGAUUGGAAUCAAAUUAAAUUGUUGAUUGAUAAAUUUGUUAAAUUUUAUAAUGGUGACAUUAAAUUAACAGAAGUAAAAACAACAAAGCAACCGAAGGAAAAGCGUGUUGGUACUACUCAGGAAGAGGUCAGAAGAAUUUUUGAAAAUAUUUUAGGAAAUAAAAACAAAACUCAAAUGAUAUCCCAGAUGCAAAAAGGUGUAAAAGGUAAGACUAUAAGGAAAAAGGUUGAAAAAAAAGUUUUACAUGAUGUUCAAAACAAAAAAUGUCCUAAGAGAGGUAUGUCGCCAAUAUUUGAAAAUUGCAAUUCAAAAAAGGUGUGUUCAUACGAUUUAGAAAUGGAUUAUUUUAAAGAUGAUUUAUAUGAUGAAUUUGCGAAUAAUGUAUUGGACAAUUUUGAACUAUUUGAUACAAUGAUAAAAAAUGUUAAUGAUAAUGUGUCCGAGAAUUUUGUCCAUUUAAACAGCAAAUUUAAGAAGGAUAUAACGUGUCUUAAAUUUAAUAGGCAUUCACUUACAGAUGCCAAAGUUUUCGGUCAAAUAGAUAAAAAGUACAUAGUAGCUGAAUUACAUAGCGAAAGUAAUAAUAUGUUAAAAUACUUAGUAUUGUUUGAUCAGCAUGCUGUGCACGAAAGAAUCAAAUUAGAGGAAAAUUUGUCUGAUUAUAUAAAAGACGAUCGAUGGAUUAGUAUUGAUUGUGAAACUUUGUCUAUAAACCUUACAAAGGAAAAUGUUAUUUACCUCAGUAACUUUAAAGACAAAUUUGCUCAACUUGGAUUGAAAUGGACAUAUGAAAAUGAUUUUGUCAUGUUCAAUGCCAUACCUAAAGCUAUAUUGGGAAAGCAUUGUAGACAGCCUGAUGUUGUACUGAGAUGCGUAAAACAUUUAAUUAUAGAAGAGAUCAAAGCCAUAAAGUAUCUUAGAGGCAACUCGUUAUUAUAUCCUAAAUCGAUGAUGGAUCUUGUUUUUAGUGAGGCUUGCAGAUACGCGAUAAAAUUCGGAGACUCGUUAAGCAAAGACAAUUGUAGGAUGCUCAUCACAUCUUUGUCUACCUGCAAAACACCAUUUCAGUGUGCCCAUGGUAGGCCCGUUAUGGCAGUAUUGAUGGAUAUGAGAGCCGUAGAUAAUGAAUACACGGUACUUUUG